AUGGUCCGCUGUUUACCAUGCGAGGACUUCAGCCCCAAAGAUGUCAAAGACUGGCGAUGGCAGGUGUUCGAUUACGCCGAGGUUGCGCAACACAACACAGCUGAGAGCUGCUGGGUCAUCCUCUAUGGCAACGUCUACGAUGUGACGCGCUUCAUUCCCAAGCACCCUGGUGGCGCGAAAGUCAUUCUCCAGCUUGCUGGCACCGAUGCCACGGAAGAGUACGAUCCCAUCCACCCCCCGGGUAUCCUCGAAGAGAACCUCGAAGCGUCCGAUAAAGUUGGUACAAUCAACCCCGACAGCUUGCCAAAGGAGGAGAAGAGCCCUGUUGAACUUGGGGAAGUCAAAGACGAGGGUCCUGUCGACAUGGAGAGCAUACUGAAUAUUGAUGAGAUUGAGGAGGUGGCUACGAAGCAAAUACCGUACAAAGCUUGGGCAUACUAUUUCUCGGCAAGCGACGACCUACAGAGCAAGGCCUUGAACAAUAGUGUAUACCGCAGUAUCCUUCUUCGCCCCCGCGUAUUCGUUGAUUGCGUACGAUGCGACACAUCAACCUCCUUUCUCGGCCACGAUGUCAAACUACCCAUAUAUGUUUCGCCUGCUGCCAUGGCCCGACUGGCGAAUCCAGAUGGCGAGUGGGGAAUAGCACACGCAUGCGAGAAGUUUGGUGCCAUGCAGAUCAUCUCACAAAACGCUAGCAUGACGCCCGAGCAAAUCGUAAAGGAUGCGGCGCCAGGCCAAGUCUUUGGAUGGCAACUCUAUGUGCAGACGGAACGCGCAAAGAGUGAGGCCAUGCUAGCUCGGAUGAACAAGCUCGAUAGCAUCAAAUUCAUCUGUUUGACGCUCGAUGCGCCGGUACCGGGGAAGCGCGAGCUCGACGAGCGGAGCAAGAACAUCAGCUCCAAUCUUCCCGUUCGCGCCGCAGUCCAGGAGGAUCAGAGCGUCAGCAAGACUAGCACAGAUGCGAAGACACCGAGUCAGGACAAGGAGAAGCCCAAGAGUAUGGGAAUGGGUCAAUCUCUCUUCUGGGGUACGGCUGCAGACCUGACCUGGCGCACGACGCUUCCAUGGCUUGCAAAGCACACCGACAAACCUAUUGUGUUGAAGGGCAUUCAGACGCACGAGGACGCAUACUUGGCAUCACUACAUGCGCCACACGUCAAGGCUAUUAUCCUGUCGAACCACGGCGGCAGAGCUUUGGAUACCGCACCCCCAGCCGUUCACACCCUACUUGAGAUUCGGAAAUACUGCCCUGAGGUCUUUGAUCGCAUCGAAGUCUGGGUAGACGGCGGCGUCAAGCGUGGCACAGACGUUGUCAAGGCAUUAUGCCUGGGUGCGCGGGGCGUUGGUGUAGGAAGGGCGGCGCUGUUUGGCUUGGGUGCGGGUGGUAAAGAGGGUGUGGCGCGGGUGCUUGAAAUUCUCAAAGCGGAAACAGAAACGUGUAUGCGUCUUCUCGGCGUCGAGAAGGUCGAACAGUUGGGCAUGCAGUAUAUCAACACAAGAGCGGUAGAGCGGGACAUUUGGGACGGACCGCCGCUUGAGCGGGCGAGUGUGAAGGCGAAGCUGUGA